UGUGGGGCGAGAAGCAGGCAGGGCUGGUGAAGGGGUUUCUUCUCCUGGAGGGACGUGAGGAGAAAAAGGACUAGAUAUGUCGUCCCUGAUCAGAAAAGAGAUCAGCACCGCGAAAGCCCCAGGGGCCAUUGGUCCCUACAGUCAAGCAGUGUUAGUGGACAGGACCAUUUACAUCUCUGGACAGAUAGGCAUGGACCCUUCUAGUGGACAGUUUGUACCAGGAGGGAUAGCAGCAGAAACUAAACAGGCUCUCACAAACAUGGGUGAAAUUCUGAAAGCUGCAGGCUGUGACUUCACUAAUGUGGUCAAAGCAACUGUUUUGCUGGCUGACAUGAAUGACUUCAAUACUGUCAAUGCAAUCUACAAACAAUAUUUCAAGAGUAAUUUUCCUGCUAGAGCUGCUUACCAGGUUGCUGCUUUACCCAAAGGAGCACGCAUUGAGAUUGAAGCAGUAGCUAUCCAAGGACCUCUCACAACAGCGAGUCUAUAAGUGGGCGGUGUUACUCUCAUCACGUCUUUAAAAUUAACAUCUUGAUUUUUUGCGAUUGAUGUUGAAAGUGUACGUGUGA